AUGAAGUUCUUUAUCUGCACUUUGGCCUUGCUGGGCGUGGCUCAGGCGGGUUUGCUUUCGCAUCUGGAGCACGAUCAUCAUCACGAGGAACUGCCGCACCUUGUGGACUCCGAGGUGCAUCACUCGAACGGCAUUCACUUGGGCCACAGCUCCGCUAUUGUGAUCGAUGGUGCCGAUCACCAUUUGGACGCACCACACCACUUCCUGCACUAUAGAAAUCCUGUGGUCGAUCAUCACAUCAUUCACAACACCCACGCACACAUCGAUGAGCAUGCUCAUGCCCACGCUGACUUGCAUCAUUAUGCCCACCACUCGGCUCCAUUGGUGCAUCAUCAUCAUUCGGCUCCGCUGGUGCACCACCAUCACACCCAUGCCGCUGUGGUGCACAAGGCCGCCUUCCCAGCCCACUUGGACGUACACAGCCAUGCCAAUCUGCUGUCCUUUGCCAAGCAUCAUUUGCACGGCAAAUACGGCAAAGUGAGAAUCACCGAGACGCAUUACUGA